CCCCCGUUUCCUGUGAAAGAAAGGUGUGCCUCCUGUAAUAACCCACUGACAGCCUUCUCUGGUUUUAUUUCUUGGUCACCGGAUUCAUUGCGUUGCCGCUGCGUUACGCUGCGUUACAGCUCCUCCGCCCGUGCAUCAGACCCUUUGCAAACCUGUCUGCACAGAGGCGGUGUAGUUUACACACAGAAAGGGAACGUGUUUCUUUGAAUCCCGGGAGCCUUGGUACUUUUAAAUUAAGCAGUUGAGAUACCUUGCCAUACUGUAGCAGGUGAAUAUACUUGGCUGCCUUUUAGGACUCUUAAAAUCUCGUAAAAUGUCAUGGAGAGUGACUUCUGCCUUCUUGUAUUAUAGUCUUUCUGGUGCAGUAAAAAGUGUUGGUUUUCAAUUAUUUCGUACUGUUUUGUGAAAUAUAUUUUUGUAAAAGAAUCCCAGUUUGUGUUUCCUGCAAGCACAUUUUGAAUUUUGCUAGGUAAUAUUCUUCUUGUGACUGUCUGCUAUGAAACAAUUAUAAGAUCUAAGAAAUAAUAUGGUUAUUAAAGUAUUAAAGGGCUUUAUUUUAAUAUUCUCAAUGCUUUUGCAAACACUUGGCUGGCAAGAGGAAGGGCAAAGUGAUGGUGUCCAUUGCAGGCUUUAAGUUGUGAAGAAUAAAAGAAAGGAGACUGGGGUCUUUGUGUUAAGUGGUAGGGAAGUAAGGGUUACCUGGACCCUAGGACAUGGUGCCAGUUAUUUAGGUGAGGAAUAGUGUCUGACUGAAAUGUGCUACCAUGGAAUUGGUUAAGGAAAUAGGCAACUAUGUACUUGGACAUACAGAAUAUGUAUGCAGAACAAGUCCGAUGUAAAUAUUUGUUAAAAUUACUCAUUGUGACAGCAGGUCAAAAGACUUCUAUAGAGGAAUAUCCUUUAAAGAGAAGUCAUUGCCUUUGAGCACAAGUUGUCACUUUGACUUUGAAAUUCACUGUUAUUUCUUCACGUACUUGGUUGCUUGCAGGCUGCAUAAAAACCACUGUGUUCUGAGGCCAGCAGUAGAUUCUUAGGACCAGAAGUGAUUUAGAAAAUCACAGGUGGCUUCUUUCUGAGGAAACAACCAAAACUGAGCUGAACGGGACAAGGCAGUUCUCUCCCAUACAGCAUACAGCUCCCAUGUUAUCUUGGUUAAAACCAACAAUCUUGGUCAACAAGUGACUGAUGUGCCCUCAGGAUCAGCGAGAAACUGGAGUGAUCCAUCAUUUUCUUCUUCCCACAGUAACUCCAUACUUUGAGGGCUUGUGCAGGAAAGGUGGUCUCUUACUGUGGCAUUAUUGCCUUUACAUUGUCAUAUAGCGUAGCAGUGGUGACAUAAACAUAACUGGUAGUACUGUAUUUUUCCAGACAUCAGGAUACAUAGAUGGCUGUGCUGUUGAUAUUAGAAUUGAUUUUUGUCUUUUAUGUGCAUUUGUUAUUUUCUUCUUUGGCAUUACACAGAAAAUAAUAUUAUGGAUAUUAAAUACUGAAAUUAAUAAGCACAGCCUCUUUAUUUCAUGGAUUUUCAUUUUUCCCCAUGUUAGAAAGGAACACUGUUCUAUGAAGAGGUUGGGUUCUGUGUUACUGCUUUAACUUCCUAGCACACCAACUUUUUGGUAGAGAAUGUGCAAAACUGCAAACCAAAAAGAUUCGAUUUUUUUGUAGUAGUUUUGAGUUAUUCCUACUAAUAUAAUUUGAAACAGCAUUGAAACUCUUCUGUAACAAAACCAGUCUGUUUUUUUGGCAGUGACAUUACUAAUUCACUACCUGCAUUGGUUACCAAAUGUUAAAAACACAUGGAAAGCAUUAUGAAACUUCACAUUUAGAAAUAGUUCAGAGAUUUGAUGUGCUCCUUGUGAUCAUCUUCACAGGUGUGCUGUUUUCUGGCUCCUCUAAGAAGAUAAUUUCUAAAUUUUACAGUUUUGAGCUACUUGAGGUUUGCAUUCACCGUGUUAGAUCGUGCAGCAGCAUUCGCUUUAUAAAAUCAAAAUAUGUGUGCGUGUUUGACAAAUCUGCCCUCAAGUUUAGUCAUCAACAACGAUUAUUCAGAACAUCUGCUGUUUCAUGUGGCCAAAUUGUCCAGUUUAAACUUUCUGACAUUGGAGAAGGGAUUACGGAGGUGACAGUAAAAGAAUGGUACAUAAAAGAAGGUGACAGCGUGUCCCAGUUUGAUAGCAUCUGUGAAGUACAAAGCGAUAAAGCUUCUGUUACUAUUACUAGCCGGUAUGAUGGCAUCAUUAGAAAACUCCAUUACAAUUUAGAUGAAAUUGCUUUUGUUGGAAAACCAUUAGUGGACAUUGAAAUUGAUACUUCAAAAGGUGUUGCCCCAGAAGAAGAUGUUGUUGAAACACCUCCUAUGUCUCAUGAAGAGCACACUCACCAAGAGAUAAAAGGUCAUAAAACAUUAGCAACCCCUGCAGUUCGUCGUCUGGCCAUGGAGAAUAACAUUAAAUUGAGUGAAGUUGUUGGAACAGGGAAAGAUAACAGAAUCCUUAAAGAAGACAUACUCAAUUACUUAGCCAAACAAACGGGAGCUAUUCUACCACCCUCGCCAAAGGCUGAAAUUGUGCCACCUCUGCCAAAAUCAGAGACUAUGCCUGCUGCUCCAAAGGAGAAAGCACACAAAAUUCCUGUACCUGUUUCCAGACCCAUUGUGUUUUCAGGAAAAGAUAAAACUGAACCUGUAACAGGUUUUCAGAAGGCAAUGGUAAAGACUAUGAGUGCUGCCCUGAAGAUACCUCACUUUGGUUAUUGUGAUGAGAUUGAUUUGACUCAUCUUGUUCAGCUGCGAGAAGAGCUGAAACCUCUAGCACAAAUUCGUGGAGUUAAGCUUUCCUUUAUGCCUUUCUUCAUAAAGGCAGCCUCUCUGGGACUACUGCAGUAUCCUAUUCUUAAUGCUUCUUUGGAUGAAAGCUGUCAAAAUGUCACAUAUAAGGCUUCGCACAAUAUUGGAGUUGCAAUGGACACAGAGCAAGGUUUAAUUGUCCCCAAUGUGAAAAAUGUUCAAGUCUGUAGCGUGUUUGAAAUUGCCUCUGAAUUAAAUCGCCUACAGACCUUGGGCUCUGCAGGCCAACUGGGAACAAAUGACCUCACGGGGGGAACAUUCACCCUUUCGAAUAUUGGCACAAUUGGUGGCACUUAUGCCAAACCAGUGAUACUACCUCCUGAAGUAGCUAUUGGAGCGCUUGGAAAGAUACAGGUUCUUCCUCGGUUUAAUGGAAAAGGCGAAGUAUAUAAAGCACAGAUAAUGAAUGUGAGUUGGUCAGCUGAUCACCGCAUCAUUGACGGAGCUACAAUGGCCCGGUUUUCUAACUUGUGGAAAUCUUACUUGGAGAACCCUGCUUCGAUGCUGCUAGACCUUAAAUAAAGGAAACCAUGGCUAGAAUAUGCCUUUAAACUUUGUGGUUUAGGCUGAAUAACUAUAAAAGCUGGCUCUGCUAGCACGUGCCCUUUGCUACUCACAUGAUAUAAAGUUUUAUGUGGUUAAAAGUUCUCAGCAGCUGGUAUCAAUUAAUUGUUACUUCUUUUAAUCAGUAAUGCUGUAAUUUCUUCUACAGCAGACUGUCAUACUUACUAAGUCAUGGUGUGACUUCUGAAUAUGCUGAUGGAAUGUCUUCAUUUUGCCUUUUAUAAUAUGUGCGGUUGUGAGUCUGGUGUGACUGAAUUACACUGAUCUGCAUCUGCAGUAUUUAUAAUCAAAUUAACCAGUUUUGAAGGUUUUGAAAUACUCAUAGUUCUUCCUUGUUGGACACAUAAAUUUAUUCUAAAAAAUAAUAUCCAAAAUCCCCAAAAGAAGUUAUGCAAAAAUCAUAUACAAAUAAAAUACCUUCUAUGCUUCUGCUGUAA